AUGGAAGAACCAAAAUGUGAUAUUCUGUAUGAACACAUGAACCACGAAAAGAAAAUAAAACUAAUAAACGUAGCAAAGGAAAUAUAUCACAACAUAAAUAAUAAUAAAAUAAAUUCCUGGAAAUGUGCAACAAUAGCUCUGCGAGACAAAAUAAAAGAACUUUUCGAUUUUAGUGAAAAAGGGUGGCAUAUCAUUAUAGGACAUAAGUUUGGGUUUUUUUGCACCCAUGAAGUGCACAAUGCUUUACAUUUUAAGUUAGAUCGUGUGGAGUUUCUUAUUUUCAAACAUGGCUAA